ACGAUUGUGCUUUGGAUUGUGGUGGAAUUUAAGAGGUUGCUACCAGCAGAGCCAGAGGGAUUCCUUGAAGCGCAUGAUGGACCUGCCUAUGAUGUGAAAUUCUACGGCAAUGGAGAAGAUUCUUUGUUAUUAAGUUGUGGCGAUGAUGGUAAAAUUAAAGGAUGGAGGUGGAAGGAAUUUAUAGAAUCGGAGGUGCCCAUCACCUUUCAAGGAAAUCAUAUGAAGCCAGUGAUUGACUUGGUCAAUCCCCAACAUAAAGGUCCAUGGGGUGCUCUCUCUCCAAUUCCUGAGAAUAAUGCGAUUGCUGUUGAUCCUCAGGUUUUUAAAACCUUUCCUUUUAAUUUGGGGGGAUUCAUUUUUUCUGCUGCUGGUGAUUCUUGUGCAUAUUGCUGGGAUGUGGAGAAAGGUGAAAUCAAAAUGGUUUUUAAGGGGUAUCUAGACUAUUUGCAUUGUAUAUUAGCUCGUGCCUCUUCCAAUCAGAUUAUAACUGGUUCAGAGGAUGGGACUGCACGAAUCUGGGAUUGCAAAAGUGGAAAAUGCGUUAAAGUAAUUGACCCACUGAAGGAUAAGAAGUUGAAGGGGCUCAUCUCCUGUGUUAGCUGCAUUGCUCUGGAUGCAAGUGAGAGCUGGUUGGCUUGUGGCAGUGGUUGAAGUUUGUCAGUCUGGAAUCUCCCUGCUUCUGAAUGCAUUUCAAGUAUUUCCAGCCGUGCAUCCAUACAGGAUAUAGUGUUUGAUGACAAUCAAGUAAGUGGGAGUUGGUUUCUCGACCAGACCAAGUCUUUGACUUCCAAUCAAUUUUCUAUAUUAGCUGUUGGUGCAGACCCUGUACUCAGCCGUUUUGAUAUAAAUGGAAUGAUACUUACGCAGAUCCAUUGUGCUUCUCAAUCAGCGUUUUCAGUCUCUUUGCACCCAUCUGGUGUUACUGCAAUGGGUGGUUAUGGGGAUCUUGUAGAUGUCAUAUCACAGUUUGGAAGUCAUUUGUGCACAUUCCGCAGCCAUUGUUGUGAUUCAACAGGCUCAAUGGGGACAGGAAAGACUGCGACAUUUUGUUCUGGAAUUCUGCAACAACUUGAUUAUAGUUUGGUGGAAUGCCAGACCUUGGUUUUGGCACCCACUAGGGAGCUAGCUCAGCAGAUUGAGAAGGUUAUGCGAGCACUGGGAGACUAUCUUUGUGUCAAGGUUCAUGCUCGUGUUGGUGAGACCAGUGUCAGUGAAGACCAACGCAUCUUAGCCAGUGGUGUGCAUGUUGUUGUUGGCCCUCCUGGUCGUGUUUUUUAUAUGUUGCGGAGGCAGUCACUUCGUGCUGACCACAUUAAGUUGUUUGUGUUAGACGAGGCGGAUGAAAUGCUGUCGCGAGAUUUCAAGGAUCAGAUCUAUGACAUUUUCCAGCUUCUGCCUCCAAAAGUGCAAGUGGGUGUCUUCUCUGCAACAAUGCCACCUGAGGCCCUUGAGAUCACCAGACCGUGUGAUCUUUAUGAAACCUUAGCCAUUACUCGGAGUAUCAUUUUUGUAAACACUCGACGCAAGGUUGACUGGCCGACCGACAAAAUGCGGAGCAGAGACCAUACAAUCUCUGCCACACAUGGAGAUAUGGACCAGAAUACAAGAGAUAUCAUCAAGCGAGAAUUUCGCUCUGGGUCAUCUCGUGUUCUCAUAACCACUGAUCUCCUUGCUCGUGGUAUUGAUGUCCAGCAAGUCUCUCUUGUUAUAAACUAUGAUCUCCCAACACAACCGGAGAACUACCUUCAUCGUGUUGGACGAAGUGGACGUUUUGGGAGGAACGGUGUUGCAAUCAACUUUGUGACAAAGGAUGAUGAAAGGAUGUUGUUUGACAUCCAGAAGUUCUAUAAUGUGGUUAUUGAGGAGUUACCAGCAAGUGUUGCUGAUCUCCUCUGAUGAGAUUUUGCCAUCCAUUAGUAGUGGAGUUUGGAGCAAGUGGAAGCUGCAUAGCAAGUUGCUUUGUUAUGUUUUUGCUUCUAUUCUCUUCUUUUUUUUUUCCCCCUUCUCUUUUAGCCCCUCGCUUGCAUUCCUUUGUAGGCUCUUAAAUCUAAGGUUUUUUGAAUAUCUGAUUAUUUAGUGAUUUGAGU